UUGUAUUUGUACCUAUUUGUUUUGUUUUGUUUUGUUUUGAUGUUUUGAUCCCGGCUCAACCCGUAGUCUGUUCGGUUAUGUUGUUUUGAAUUUAAUAAAAUAAAGAAAAGAAAACACGGACUACUACAAAAUUAUUGUGAUGAUUUAAUGGAUAAGUACCGUGAAAAUGCAUAAUAUACGUGGCCCAUGUUUUCUGAUGUUUUUUAUUCUAUUCCCGGCAAAAGUGGCUUCACUGGAAAAUGGUCUCGCUAGAACUCCACCAAUGGGUUGGAUGUCAUGGGGAUACUACAUGUGUGGAGAUACGUGUGAUACAAACCCGGGAAGGUGUCUAAAUGAAAAUCUGAUUCUCUCGGUGGCCGACACAUUCUACAAUGAAGGCUACCAAGAAGCAGGAUUCGAGUACAUAAUCAUAGAUGACUGUUGGUCGGAAAAGAGAAGAGAUGCGAACGGCCGCCUAGUAGCCAAUAAGGAGAGGUUUCCGAGGGGAAUGAAGUUUUUAGCUGAUUAUAUACAUGCUCGUGGCAUGAAAUUUGGCAUGUACACGAACAUAGCCGAGGUCACCUGCAUGCACUACCCUGGCUCGAAGAAUUUCUUCAAACUUGAUGCUCAGACGUUUGCGGACUGGGGCGUUGAUUAUUUGAAGGUUGAUGGAUGUUUUAUAAAAGAGGAAAGCUUUUUAAAUACUGCCUAUAUAGAAUUGGGCAGAUAUUUAAAUAAAACUGGAAGACCAAUAGUAUAUUCAUGCAGCUGGCCAUAUUAUUUGAAAUAUAUACAUAAUAAACAUGUAAACUACUCCCCUAUAGCGAAACACUGCAACUUGUGGCGCAACUUUCACGACGUCUCCCUCGAGUGGCCGGCUGUAGUCAACAUCAUAAAGCAUUACGCUGAUCAGUACCCGAAAUUGGUCAGUCACCACGGCCCUGGGCAUUGGAACGACCCAGAUAUGUUAAUACUAGGCACUGGUGAACUCACGCAGAGUCAGACCCGCGUUCAAUUGGCUGUGUACGCUAUGAUGUCCGCCCCACUCCUGCUGAGCUGCGAUAUAAAACACAUCACGCCUUAUGAGAAGGAGUUGUUGUUGAAUUUGGACCUUAUUGCGAUCGCUCAAGAUCCAUUGGGCAUUAUGGCGACACCGGUUGCGAUAACAGACUUGGUUAUUAUGUACGUGAAGAAACAUUUACCAAUGAAAGGAGAUAAGAUACACUCAUACUCAUUCGCUUUAGUGAACUUGGAUAAGUUCAAACGUAGAAUGAGCUUUAAAGCAGAGGACUAUGGUCUUAAUUCCGUUGACGGUUACACUGUUAUGGAUGUUUUCUCGAAAGUUUACUUCAGAAAUGUGACGGUGUCUGAUCUCAUUGUGGCUGAUGUGCCUCCUGACGAUGUGGUGUUGUACACAUUAUUCCCGCUUUGAAAAUACUUAUUUAAAUUAGAUUAAUACUACGAGUAAGUAAUAGUAAGAUUAAUAGGUAGUUACAAAUGUAUUAGUAAAUAGGUGGAAAAUUUCUAUAAACAUUUUCGCAUGUGAAACCUUUUUUGGAAUCUCGAGGCUGUCUUCUUUAAUUUAUUUUAAUUAAAAAAUAUUUUUUUUCUUCUUAUACAUACGUGCAAAACAUUUUUUUAAUUUUAAUAGGUUAUAUAAAUUAAGAAACUUUUAUCACUACUAUUUAGGGCCGUGUAAUAGAAAUAAAAAAGAAAUUAUUUUUUUUUAUAAUUUUUUCUUGUAAGUUUGUUUAGUUGUUUGUUGCAUUGCAUUAAUUUUGCAUUAAAUUAAAAAAGAUUAAGAAGUUACCCAGUCAAUAUUGUUAUUAAAAUAAGUACGAUAUGUUUUGCUCAAUUUUGUGUGAUAAUAACAUUAAGUAGGUACUUAUGUAUUUAUUUUUAAUUUAUUUUUCUGUAAGAAAUGUUUGUUAUUUGCUAGUAGUAACAUACUAUAUUUUAUGUACAGCAUAAGUAUUAAUACAACUCUCAGUACUUACUGGAACAUACUUCCUGAAUUUAUAAGAGCUAUUAUACUUUGCAUGGAUACACCUUAACUCUAAUAAUUAAAAAUAAAACACAUACAUUUCAA